CGCAGGUGCCGGCCGGAGCGGAGCUGGCGGCGCUGACGGGACCGGCCGGGCCGGGACCGGGGCCGGGGCUAGUGGAGGGGCCUGCGCGGCCGCCCGGCCCGGCCGCGGGUCAGGCUCCUGGGACCAUGGGCCUCAGGCCCUGAGGACGCAGGGCUCCCUGUGGCCAUGACGACGGGUGACUGCUGCCACCUCCCUGGCUCCCUGUGUGACUGCUCGGGCAGCCCUGCCUUCUCCAAGGUCGUGGAGGCCACUGGCCUCGGGCCACCCCAGUACGUGGCGCAGGUGACUUCAAGGGAUGGCCGGCUCCUCUCAACCGUCAUCCGAGCCUUGGACACGUCAAGCGAUGGUCCCUUCUGCCGGAUCUGCCACGAGGGAGCGAAUGGGGAGAGCCUGCUCUCUCCAUGUGGCUGCACUGGCACGCUGGGUGCUGUUCACAAGAGCUGUCUGGAGAGGUGGCUCUCCUCGUCCAACACCAGCUACUGUGAGCUGUGCCACACGGAGUUUGCAGUGGAGAAGCGGCCGCGGCCCCUCACAGAGUGGCUGAAGGACCCGGGGCCUCGGACAGAGAAGCGGACGCUGUGCUGUGACAUGGUAUGCUUCCUGUUCAUCACGCCACUGGCUGCCAUCUCGGGCUGGCUGUGCCUGCGCGGGGCCCAGGACCACCUCCGGCUGCACAGCCGGCUCGAGGCCGUGGGGCUCAUCGCACUCACCAUUGCCCUGUUCACCAUCUACGUCCUCUGGACGCUGAACAUCUUGCUGGCUUCCGAGUUUGGGCAAUUCUCUGACCCGGUGACAUUUAAUCCCUUCCAAGAGGCUGUACCACUUCAGUCCCAUCCUGGGAGAAACAGCAAGGGAGCUCCUUGCUCCCUGCCGCCGAGCCCUGCACUUUGCAGGGUCCCGAGUGCUGGUGGGGAGUUUUUCCAAGUCUCCUUCCGCUACCACUGCCAGCUAUACUCUGAGUGGAGAAGGACCAACCAGAAAGUUCGCCUGAAGAUCCGGGAUGCAGAUGGCUCCGAGGACGCCCAGCACUCCUCACUGGCAGCAGGACUCCUGAAGAAGGUGGCAGAGGAGACACCCGUGUGAAGGCCGGGCCAGCAGGGCCAGAGGCAGCUGGUGACGCCCUGGUAUUUGGAAGGACAAAACCGCCCGACCCUUCCUGCACGGCCGGAAUGCUUCUUAGGCCAAGAGACACCAAGCGGAGCUGAUUUCUGUGAUCCCACGUGAAGAUACUGUCCAGCUCUUUUGCACACUGUGGUACAUGAGGACAGAUGGACGUGGCCCUGAGCUGCGGACAGAGCAGGCACCCUGAUCUCGUUCUGAGGCCCACCCGGCCCCCUUGGGGGCCAGCAGCCACGGCCGUAGGUGAACCAGGGCGCCCACGGGGCUGGGAGGUUCCGCAAGCUUCUUGCACUUCUCUGCACCUGACAGGCUCGCUUUCCUGGCACCCCUCGACUUUAUAAAGUUGCACUGCGUUUCAAAAAAACCCACCCCCGAAUGAAUAAAAGGAACCCUUGCUGGACAAAA